CUGCCCAUUUUGUUGUGGUACGACUUUAUUUAUAUGCUGUGUGCUGUACUGUCCUGGGAUCAGUGUUUUCUCCAACGUUACAUCACCAAUCAAAUUUCACCAUUAAGUUCUUGCGUUUAAUGAAGACCGCAGAUUGGCUAAAAUGAGUGUAAACAAUUCCUUGUCGCCGUGCUGUUACGUUGCUACGCAGAGCGCGAAAAUUUUUAAAAACAACCACAAGCAUGAAGAGAACAUUGAAAGAUUUCUUUUGUAAGCCGACUACCACCACUACUGUAAUUGAUGGCGACGAUGCAGAAUCAUGUGGGAUUGCACCACCGGAAAAAAAAGCUUACUUGUUUCGCAGAGAGUGGCUUAAAGACUUCGAGUGGCUCCGUUAUGAGAAGGGCUCGAUGUACUGUGUUCACUGUAAAUCCUGUGGACCGGAGGUUGCAGGUAAAACGGCGUUCGCCGUGGAGUCCACACAUUUUAAGCGCGAGACCUUGUCUAAACACGGCCAAAGUGCCAAACACAAGAAGUGCCGUGACAAAUGUGUGGGAAAGAGUUCAGCAUCGAGUUCAAUUGUUGAUGCUUUUGAACGACAGGAUGCUGCCAGCCGUUCCGCUUUGCUGGCAGAGUUGAAAAUAAAAUUUAACACCGCCUAUACGAUUGCCAAAGAAGAGCUAGCCUUCACUAAAUUUAAACCGAUGUUGCAGCUCCUGAAAAAGAACGGCGUUGAGAUCAACAUGACAUACGCAAAUGACAGGUCAUGUGCCAACAUCAUUGGCGUAAUAGCGGACACCCUCCAGGAGAACACCGCAGUUCAAGUGUCGUCAUCGCAAUACGUUGCAUUCAUUAUUGAUGGAGACACGGACAUAUCCGUCAAAGAAUGUUUAAUAGUGUAUGUGCGCAUUCUGCUUGAUGGACAUCCGAGAAACAUCCUUGUAGGGCAUGUUGAGUUGGAACACGCCAAUGCUGAUGGUAAGAAUGUUUUUGUUUUGAAUGUUUUAGUUUUAAAAAACAUUGCCUAUUUAGUAGUAAUAGCAUGCUGGCAAAGCAGUUAUCUAUAUCUAUAUAUAUGUAAUAUAUAUAUUACAUAAGGUCACUUUUGUAAUGUCACAAAUAAUCAUGUGUUUUAUUUGUUUACUAGAUUUUCUAUUUUAAUCAUAAUAAUGUCAUCUGUAAUUGUUAAAUUAUUAUUUCUGCUAUACUAUUUAAACAGCAUUUGGAUAUUAUUUUAGGAAUCUAUGCAGCCACCAAGUCAGCAUUUGCUGGUCUUGGUGAGUCAUGCCAGGACUGGCUCCAGAAGACUGUGGCGAUGGGAGCUGAUGGAGCAGCUGUGAAUUUUGGAAGGAAGGGAGGAGUAUCAGCAAAACUUCAAGAAGAGGCAGGAAAGCACAUUAUCCCAUUUCACUGCAUGCCUCAUAGAUUGGAGCUUGCUCUGCUAUCUGCCCAAAAGGAUUCACCUUGGGUAAGCAAUGUAUACAACCUGCUCAACUUAAUCUGGAAGACUUAUCACUACAGCUCUAAAUCCAGAAGAGAGUUAAAGUGCCUUGGAGUCGAACUGGAUGUGUCUGUAAACAAUCCAAGUGGAGUCAAGGGAACAAGAUGGUUGCCACAUGUAUCCAGGGCAUUGGAUGUGCUUCUGAAGCAAGGGAAGAAGGAGGGGACUCUGGAAGAUGCUGGGCAGUACACUGCUGUAUAUACUCAUAUGGAACACCUUGCUGCAUCAUCAGCUAACGCUGAUAUAGCUGGCAGAGCAAAGCAUGUCAAGGAGACUAUGGAGGAUGGCUCAUUCCUGGCAUUUUGCCAUUUCUUGGCAGAUUUAUUUUCUGCCAUCAGUAAAUACAGCCUAUUACUACAGAGAAAUGAUGUGAUCCUCCCACAGGUCAGGCAGAACAUGUAACAGACACUGCAGCAACCAAAGCUGUCCAGUGUUUCCAGGUGUUUAACCAUGAUUCUUGGCCGGAAACUUUGGAGGAGUUGGUUGAUUAUGGAAUUGAGGAGGUGCACUAUUUGUUGGACCAUUUUCAAUCUGUACUGGAAAGGAAUGGCUGUGACUGUGCCCUGGCUAAAGAGGAGUUUCAGGCAUUGAAAACUCUAGUGUUCAUGUCCUUCAAAGACAAGAGCUACCAUGGGCUAUGGGAAAUCCUUCUGACCAAGGAACCCUAUUGCUUGGAUUUACAGAACAUCCUUCAUCUGGUGAAGAUCAUGUUGGUCCUUCCUGUGUCCUCAGCACAAUGUGAAAGAGGGUUCUCAGUCCAGAAAAGGAUAAAAUCAGACGUCAGGUCUUCAUUAAAUCCAAGCACUGUAGAAGAUCUGAUCCGAAUCAGUGUUGAGGGUCCUUCUUUGGAGGCAUUUGAUGCCUCAGCCGCAGUAAAGAGAUGGAUGGAAGAGGGACAAAGAGCCAGAAGACCAAAUUUCAAAUCCUGGCCACAGGAUGCUUAAAGCCCAUUGAUUGCGUUUUAUUUUUAAUAAAAUUAAUGAAUUAACAUAUACAUUGUAGUUGUGGUGCUUCUUUAUUUUUGGAUGUGUGCGCCUAAAUUUUUGCUGGUGCUCCUAACUCUUUAAAGUUGGGAGCACCAGUGCUACCAAAUAAAAAAGUUAAUUUUGAGCCCUGCUUCAUGGCUAAAUUGAAAGACGGAAUCAGACAGAAUCAAGACGGACAUUUUGAAAUGCCCCUAACUUUAAAACAAGAUACACCAAAUCUACCAAAUAAUAAAUCAUGUGCUGUUCAACGCCUAAUGUCCUUGGAACGAAGACUUAGGAGAGACCAGCAAUACUGCACUGACUACCUGGGGUUUAUGAAAGACAUCAUUGCUCGGGGCUAUGCAGAAAAGGUCCCUGAAAAAGAGCUUCAAAAUCAACCAGUCUGGUAUAUUCCCCAUCAUGGCGUAUACCACCCCCAAAAGCCUGGGAAGAUACGAGUGGUCUUUGAUUGCUCAGCAAGGUUCCAAGAAAUGUCACUGAAUGACCAACUUCUUACUGGUCCAGAGCUUACAAACACCUUGGUGGGAGUCCUUUGAUUGCCAUCAUGUGUGACGUGGAACAAAUGUUUCACCAGUUCCAUGUAAGGCCUGAGCACCAAGACUACCUCAGGUUCUUAUGGUGGGAGAACGGUGAUCUAGACUCUCCACCCUCAAUUUUUCGGAUGAAGGUCCACCUAUUUGGGGCAGCCUCCUCACCUGGAUGUGCCAAUUUUGGACUUAAACAUCUAGCCGCUCAAGGUCAGGAUAAAUUUAACCCAAGCACCGUUAAGUUCAUCCAAAGGAAUUUUUAUGUUGACGAUGGAUUGGUGUGUGCAACAUCUAAUGCUGAAGCAAUCCAACUGAUUAAGAAAGCAAGAGACCUUUGCAGCACAGGCAAGCUAAGACUACACAAAUUUGUCUCCAACAGCAAGGAGGUAUUGAAAUCAAUACCGAAGGAUGAGUGUGCUGAAAGUGUCAAAGACAUGGAUAUGGCUUUGGGAGAGCCACUCAUAGAAAGAGCUCUUGGCAUUCAAUGGUGUGUGUCCUCUGAUGACUUCCAGUUCAGAGGGACCAUCAAGGAACACCCAAAUACCAGAAGAGGAGUACUUUCUACAGUAGCUUCCAUCUACGAUCCAUUGGGGUUCGUAGCGCCCUUUAUUCUACGUGGAAAGCAGAUCCUACAACAACUCUGUCGAGACAAAGUAACUUGGGAUGAGGAGCUCCCACUAGAGCUAAGAACACAAUGGGAAAUCUGGCUACAAGAUCUUCAAAACAUAUCUAAUGUAAGGAUCAAAAGAUGUUAUAUCCCAGAUAGCUUCAAAGAUGUCAAGCAGUACGAAGUUCACCACUUCUCCGAUGCAAGUGUCACCGGUUAUGGGGAAUGUACUUACCUCAGAGCAGUCGAUGUCAAGGGAGAUGUUCACUGCACACUAGUCAUGGGAAAAGCACGGGUUGCUCCUACCAAAGUAACCACAGUGCCACAACUUGAAUUGACGGCAGCAGUUGUAGCAGCAAAAACGAGUGUUAUGCUCAAAAAUGAACUUGAAAUAGAGAGUCUUCAAGAAUAUUUUUGGACUGACUCAAGGGUCGUCCUCGGCUACAUAAACAAUGAUGCCAGACGGUUUCAUGUGUUUGUAGCGAACAGAAUCCAAAGAAUCAAGUCCACUACAGAUCCUGCACAAUGGCACUUUGUAAGGUCUGAAGAUAAUCCUGCGGAUCACGCGUCGAGAGGUCUCUCUGCAGAUCAGCUUUUUGCUUCAAAUUGGUUCACUGGCCCAGAUUUUUUAUGGGAAAGAGAUCUACCCAGAGGAGAUGUUAUGGUGGGAGAAGUCUAUGAUGAUGAUCCUGAACUUAGAAAGGCCCUGGUGCUCACCACCAAGUUGAAGGAGGAGGUCAUUGUUAGACCGCUUAACAAAGUUCUCUGACUGGAAAAGAGCUGUGAAGGCUAUCGCUUUUCUAAAGCGUCAUGCUAAGCAGAUCAAGGGCAUCAAAGAGAAAGUAAGUGGAUCUACAAGUAUUGAGGAAAGAAAGGAAGCAGAGCUGUUUAUAAUCAAGUUGGUUCAGAGGGAAGCAUUCAGCAGUGAAAUCAGAAGUAUAAAUUCAAUUCAAUUCAAUUUUAUUUAUAUAGCGCUUUUCACAAAAGUCAAUUGUUUCAAAGCAGCUUUACAUAAAUAGAAUCAGUGAAAAGCACAGAAAAAAAGAUGCAGCAGUGCAGUUGCCUCACAUAUUCACAAGUGCACAACAUGCAGAAGGUACAGAAGGAGCACACAAGAUCCAAAAAUGGCAGAUUUGCCAGAAGAAAGAAUGGAAAUGACACCUCCUUUCACAUAUUGUGGCAUAGACUGCUUUGGACCGUUCUAUGUGAAGGAAGCAAGGAAAGAACUAAAGAAGUAUGGUCUUAUUUUCACCUGUAUGUUCUCUAGAGCCAUACAUAUUGAAAUGCUUGAUGACCUCACUACAGAUGCUUUUAUCAAUGCAUUGCGUGGAUUCAUCGCCAUACGCGGCCAUGUGAGACAGUUGAGAUGUGAUCAAGGCACUAACUUCGUAGGUGCAAGAGGAGAGUUUAUGAAGGCAAUGAAGGAUUUGGAUCAUGAACAGUUAAAGUGCCCGUAUUAUGAAAAACUCACUUUUUCUGGGUUUUGGGGUGUUAUUUUGUGUCUCUGAUGCUCCCACACGCAUACAAACUUGGAAAAAAAUCCAUCCAUGCUGUUUUGAGUGAGAUACAGGUUUCUGAAUGUCCUCUGCCUUGAGUCUCAGAUUGCGGGAGUUAAAACUCAGCUCCGUUGUGACGUAACAAAAAGUUUCAUUCAGUUUGAAUUUUCCCGCCCACCACCCCACUCGCAGGUCUCCACCCACCAGGUAGCUAGAGAGCAUAGAGCAGUCACUUGAAUGAGACCCUCUGUGCUGUUAUCAUCUCUCACGGAAAUAACAGCACUAUUUGGAUAUUAUGGAUUAUACUCCCGCCUACUUUUAAAAACAAAGUUUUAACGCGUGAUUAUUGGAACCCGGAGUAUCUUAUAUACAGUGUGUUAUGACGCAAACAGUCCUCAGAUUGUAGGCGAUAAGACCUUCAUGGGAAAUCUGAUGUAAACAACAGACUAUGUAUCUAUAUUUCACGGAUUAUAAGCAUUUGUGGACAAAAAUGGUAAUUGGAUGUAUUUUAUUGGACUUUCAUGGAUCAUUCACACAUCUGAAACAGACUGGAUUCGAUUCGCGAUCUUUGUAUAUCAACAAAAAAAGGUAAGAAGUCACGUUAUAUUUUGCAUGUUGUCAUCUUCUGUCACAAAAUACUACAUUUAUGAUGCUAGAGCUAAAAGCUUUUUGCCAAACUAACCGAGACCGUACGCCCCGGCUUUUCUGACGAGGUGAGCCCUUUAAUAACUUUACGGUCCGCAUAGAUAUAUACACGGUCCGGACCUCCCGCUAGCUCCUAGCAAUUAGCAUGCGGUCCACAAGCAGUAUACAUCCCCCGCCAGGUCUUAAUUUCUGUAAUUUGCGAAAAUAAUGUGUUUGAAAAUGUUUAUAACGGGAAUAUGUUAGUAUUGUCCAGGGAAAAUGAGUUUAUUGUUGAGACUGCUACAUCACAAUUUAUGCUGGAAUCUUUGUGUGUCAUGAUGAGUUUGACACACCGAGACCGGGCCUUACAGCCCCGGCUUUUCUGACGAUGCUAACCCCCGAGCCUCUUAAAACUUUACGGUCCGGACCUCCCGCUAGCUUCUAGCAAUUAGCACGCGGUCCACAAGCAGUAUACAUCCCCCGCCGGGUCUUAAUUUAUGUAAUUUGCGAAAAUAAUGUGUUUGAAAAUGUUUUAUAAUGGGAAUAUGUUAGCAUUGUCCAGGGAAAACGAGUUUGUUGUUGUGACUGCUAACGUAACAUCACAAUUUACUCAGGAAUCAUUGUGUGACAUGAGUUUCUUCUCCUGUAGUGUACUUAUUAGUGAUACUUUUCUGUAUGAUUUGUCUGUUGGCAACAUAAACCGUUAAUAAUAAUAUAUAAAAUAAUAACACAGUAUGGUCUGUACUGCUCACGAGACCACUGAGCAUGCGCACGGGCACAUGACGUUAGUAGUGGGGCGUGAUCAAAGGAGCAGCAGCUCAUAAAUAUGUAAUGACUAGCUCAAAACGGCACAAUCUGAAAUGCCCUGAAACAGAGGCUACUAGAGAUGGAUAACAAUCUUUUCCUACAAGCUAUUUCGAGCAAACAACUUUUGAAACAUGCUUCAUGGAACUCAUACACCUAUAUAACUUGUGGAAAAGCAGUCAUAAGAUGGGCACUUUAAAGGAAUAUGGAUGCGAGUUCAUAAUGAACUUCCCAUCAUCAAGCCAUAUGGGAGGCGUAUGGGAGAGGCAAAUAAGGACGAUCAGAAGUGUCUUGACCGUAAUCCUUGAACAGUCUGCUAAACGACUCGACAGUGCCUCACUCAGAACCUUUCUGUAUGAAGUAAUGGCUAUUAUAAAUAGCAGACCUCUGACAAUCGAGCAUUUGAAUGACCCAACAAGCCUUGAACCUCUCACGCCCAAUCACAUUCUCAUGAUGAAGUCAAACAUAUUAUUCCCACCUCCUGGUGAGUUUGUGAGU